AAAGACUAGGUCAACUGAUCGCGGAUCUGACACAUGCCUGCAGCUACAGAUCAACACAAGAGCGCACACUUCUGACCGACGGACUGUCACACGAUCGCUGCACCUCACAAGGACAUAAAUUUCACCAUGAGUGAGGAGACUGAAGUGUGGGUGUAGCUGUUCAGUGGAGCAAGAUAUCACAAGCACAGUGUCUACACUCCCGCAAAAUAGACGAUGGGUGAAGCCGAAGAUGAGAAGAACCAGGCAGGACGGCUAUUUGAGAACUUUGUUCAGGCCACUGACUGUAAAAGCACCCUGCAGGCCUUUAAUAUUAUGUGCAGUUACCUGGAGCUUGACCCUCUGGAGCACAGCACCUUCUACAGCGACCUGAAGAGCAUGGUGACCUGCUGGAAAGCCAAAGCCCUUUGGAGCAAGCUGGACAAGAGAGCCAGCCACAAAGAGUACAAGAAAGGCAAAGCCUGCGAGGGCAUCAAGUGCUUGAUAAUUGGAGGGGGCCCCUGCGGCUUGCGGACUGCCAUCGAGUUAGCUUUCCUCGGAGCCAAAGUGGUGGUAAUAGAGAAGAGAGAUACAUUCUCCAGGAACAAUGUCCUACAUCUCUGGCCCUACACCAUUCAUGACCUCAGGGCCUUAGGAGCCAAGAAGUUCUAUGGAAAGUUCUGUGCUGGAGCAAUAGACCACAUCAGUGUGGAGUUUCACGUAAAUGUGGAGUUCGUCAAGCUGGUGGAGCCUCCAGAGGACCAGGAGAAUGAGGGGCCGGGUUGGAGGGCAGAGAUCCGGCCUGCGGAUCACCCUGUGGCCGACUUCGACUUUGAUGUGGUGGUGGGAGCUGAUGGGAGACGAAACUCUUUAGAAGGAUUUAGGAGGAAGGAAUUUCGUGGCAAACUGGCCAUCGCCAUAACAGCAAACUUUAUCAACAGAAACACCACCGCUGAGGCAAAGGUCGAGGAGAUAAGUGGAGUUGCCUUCAUCUUCAACCAGAAAUUCUUUCAGGAUCUCAGACAGGAAACUGGGAUUGAUCUUGAGAACAUUGUCUACUACAAAGACAAAACACAUUACUUUGUCAUGACAGCUAAGAAGCAGAGCCUGUUGGACAAAGGUGUCAUCAUUCAUGAUUAUAUCGACACUGAGGCACUGCUGAACAGUGAAAACGUGAAUCAAGAGGCUUUGCUGGCAUACGCACGAGAGGCAGCCGACUACGCCACCCACUACCAGCUGCCCACGCUGGACUACGCCAUGAACCACUGCGGUCAGCCUGAUGUGGCCAUGUUUGAUUUCACGAGCAUGUACGCCUCAGAAAGUGCCGCUCUUGUCCGGGAGAGGUUUGGUCACAGUGUGCUGGUGGCACUAGUGGGAGACAGUCUUCUAGAGCCCUUCUGGCCUAUGGGGACCGGCUGUGCCCGCGGCUUCCUGGCAGCCUUUGACACGGCUUGGAUGGUAAAAAGUUGGGCGCAGGGUAGAAAUCCACUGGAGGUGCUGGCAGAGAGGGAGAGUCUGUACCGAUUGUUACCUCAAACGACACCUGAAAACAUCACCAAAAACUUUGAUUUGUACACCAUAGAUCCAGGAACACGCUAUCCCAACCUUAAUUCCAGCUGUGUCAGGCCACACCAGUCUGAGAUCAGGCCGAGUCGGUUACUGACGUGGUGUCAGAAGCAGACAGAGGGCUACAAGGGUGUGAAUGUGACUGACCUCACUUCCAGCUGGAGCAGUGGCCUGGCUCUCUGUGCUCUCAUACAUCGCUUCAGACCACAGCUCAUUGAUUAUGACUCUCUCAAUGAGCAAGACUGUGCCAAAAACCUUCAGCUGGCAUUUGAUGUGGCUGAGAAGGAGUUUGGCAUUAAGCCUUUCAUCACAGGGAAAGAGCUGGCGGCAGGUCAGGAGCCGGACAAGACCAGCAUGAGCAACUACCUCUCCAAGUUCUACGAGCUCUUCCGAGGAACGCCUCUACCUCCCUCAGAUUCAAAGCGAGAUGGUGAUGCAAAUAAUGAAAAAUGUCCAUCAGGUUCUCCCAGACCUGUUUCCAAGUCAUUGAGUUUGCUUCAGCCUCGUAAACGCAUACCCAAGAAUGACAAAAAGACUGAAGACAAUGACGCCAUAUACAAGAGAAGACGGAAAAUUAGUUACUUAGAAGAGCCAAUCAGAUCCAUCAAUCAGAGUUCUUCUGCAUCCAAUGAGGUGCGGGAACUGAAAGAAAACAAGGUCAAGUUUAUGGCCACUCAGCUUCUAGCAAAAUUUGAAGACAGCACCGCAAGCUGCUCUAUUCGCAGACAGUCUGACUCUAAUGAUGAGAGGCCUCCAAGACCUCCAUCGCUCGAUAUGACCGAUAGCCCUCUCUUUAACAUUAUCAAGAAGAAAGUUCCACCACCCCCACCCCCUAAAAAACAGUUUCCGUCCACUGCCUGUGUACGACACUCUGAGGAGCCCUCGGCUCCUCUCUUCCCCUCGCUUCAUUCCAGUCCUCUGAAUCCACAGAGGAAACCACUUCAGCCGACUCACACACACACUCACACACAAUCAGAGGCAGAGAACACAGCUGACUCAGACUCAGGAAAUACAGCCACCUGCCACUCAGCAGUGCUGGCCAUGAGAGCAAUGCUCCAGCGCCUCCAGAGGGUGGAAGAGGAGAUUAGCCAGAGGAAAGCCCAGACUCAAAAGGCCAGGGAGUUUCAUAAAAAAAGCAUAAAGGAGAAGGCUGUGCAUUUGUGCGCUCUGUUCUCUGGCGAGGCCUGCUCUCCACAUCAGACGGAUAUACCUCAGACUGGGAAGCUAGACAUGCAGCUUUGUGAAGAGAAGAGAGAAUCAGUGCAAAGCUCAAAGCCUCAUUCUUCAUCUCUCCAUUUCCUUCAUUCCAUCCCAUUGACCACCCCUUCAUGCCCUCUCCCACAAUGCACUUCCUGUCCUCCUCCACUCAUUUCAUCCUAUCCCUCUCUGCUGUUGCAGCAGGUGUCUAAAACCAAACCAUUACAUGUGAAGCACUUUAUUAAGGAGAUACAGGGAGAAACAGUGAGUUCUUCCCAUCUGUUAAGCAGUCGCAGAACGUCUCAUUUUAGGCAUCAGAGCGAAACCCAGAUCCCCCAGUCAGAGGAAAACAGAAACUUUAACGUACCUGAUAAGACCAGUUCUUCCACUAUCCAUCCUCAUCAAUCUAACUCCAUAACAUUUCACCCCGUCCCAGAAUGCACUGCUCCACUCCAUCUUUCCUUUACAUUCUGCUCUGCUUCCUCUUUAAGCAGUAAAUUAAAGCCAGAAAUACUUUAUGGCAUAAACAUGCAAGAAGAAGCAAAGUGUAACUCAGAAAUGUCUGCAACCAGCAGUAGCACAACAUCCUUUACUGUAAGAAAACAAACAGAUGUUCCUCAGUCAAAUGGAGACUCAUAUGCUCCCAAACAGCGCAUAGUGGGCAAAGUGUCUCUGAUAGCGUCUGCUAGAGCUGACUCUCUGGUUACCCUCUAUGAAAAUGAUCAUAGGCCCCAGGCAAGCAGCUCUGACACUCCGCCUUCCUUAAAAAGAGAAUUUCCUCAGAGUCUGGGAGAUGUGUGUCAUGCGUGUAAGAAACGAGUGUUUGUAGUGGAGAGGCUCAGCGCGGAGGGAUUCCACUUCCACAGGGAGUGUUUCCGCUGUCAUACCUGCAGAGCUCCACUGCGCCAGGGAGGACAUUCCUUCGAUUCAGAGGAAGGAAAGUUGUACUGCAAACUCCACUUUGCUCAACGGAAACCCUUAGUCAAGAAUGGGAGGACACCAAUUCUACGCACGACGUGUAAUGAUGAAUCCCAUGACGGCUCCAGCUGGAGUCCAGAGGGACGUGAGCAUCGUCUCCAGGAUGAGUCUCCAGGUAUCCUGUCCUCACUGAAGAGAAGCCUGCGCUGGCCGCUGCACGUGUGUGCUGUGCCUCGCCGUGUGUUUAACUGGCUGCAUGGUAAAGCAUGGGCCACAGGAGUCCACCUGCGGGAUAAUGCAGAGGAUUACGCCUUCCUGUACGAACUUCUCAGUGUGAGUCUGCCUCUGCUCGCCGUUCUCCAUGAACAGCUCGUCCAAAUGUACGCAGAGGCCGAGCCGCUCAAUCUACAGCCUCUACAGCGCUGGCUGGAAGAGCACAUGGGCCACUGGGUCUUAAUGUGAGAGAAACAUUGCCAGGACCCUUUAAAAGGGUUAAUAUGAAUGGAACGAUCUGAAAUGUCCUACGUUUUCAGAGAGUAGAAAUGAAAUGGCCUGGUUUGGUUGCGCACAAAUUACCAAAGCCUUUCUCAGUUACGAAGGUUUGCGUAAAGAGAAAAAAGUGUCAAACACGGAGUGAACUUUAAGCACUUUAAUGAGUGAGCUGCCUUCAUAUGCACGAGUAAGAGUGACGUUCUGCUUUUAGUUAUUAAUGAACGUUCUUUAUUGAGACUGCAAGUUUACAAAACCUGACCGAUCAAGCUGCAAACAUGUCUGGUCUGCUCUGUUAACCGUUCACGAACAUGGAAGUCACAUUCUUCUCGCACGUUUACAUUUCUUAUGAAAAACAUACAGCGCGGCUGUUAAAAGGAAUGUUCCGGGUUCAACGCAAGCUAAUCUAUUGACAGCAUCUGUGAAAAUGUUGUCGACUAUCACAGAAAAUAACAGCAUCUUAUCCUUCAUACUGUUAAAACAAACAAGAAUUACAAUGGAAGUCUGUGCAUGGGACAAGGCAUUCCAGAGGGUUUAUCUGUUAUCUGAGCUGUAACAUUGUCAAACAUGACAUUUUUAGUGGUGUAACACACUAGUGACUAUGUGUUGUCUUGUGGCUGGACUUUCAAAACAGUGUGAGCAUUUUGUAUUUUAACAUUUAAUCCUGUGUAUUGUCUUGUCUCAUUCCUCCAAAUGCCUCAUUCAUUCAAUCAUUGUCCUGUAUACUUCCAUUGAAAGAGCAUUACUGUAAAUGUGAUUUGAGCAGUUUUUUCAGUUAUUUCCUUUGUUAACAGAUGCUGUCCAUAGAGUUCAUCUUAAAGUUUAACUUUAAAGGUGCUGUAUGUUGGAUUGACACCGAGAGGUUGAACUAGGUAUUGCAGUCCAAAUUCAA